AUGGCCGGCUCACUCCCUUCGCCAUUCUCUUCAGCCCACCGGCACUACGUCAAGUCGCUGUACAAGCGCAUGCUUAAGAAUGAACUCGACUGGGUGAUUCGUCGUGACCUCUGGAGGGGCAGGGCCAUCCAGAUCCGUGCCGAAUUUGAGAGGAACCGGGACGUAAGCGACCCUCGCGCUCUCGCAGCUAUCCUGGAGAAGGCAGAACGUGAUCUUGCGGCCAAGCUGCACCCUGACCCCGUCAUCCCAUCAUUAUUCCCUGGUGGCACCAAAUGGGAGCGCAAUGCACCUCCUCCAACUGCAGCCCCCAUCCCUCACGAAGAGCACCAUUGA